CGAUGCGCACGGCCGGAGAGACGCGGAGGAGGAGACAUGAGCCGGCGGGCGCCCAGACGGAGCGGCCGUGACGCGUUCGCGCUGCAGCCGCGCGCCCCGGCCCCGGCCCCGGCCCCGGAGCGCUGACCCUGGCCCCGCGCCCCAGCCUUGCUGCCCGCCGCGCAUGCCGCCCCCGGACUGAGCCCGGCAGCUAGCUUCCCGCGGACGCCCGGACGGCCGGCCCGCCCCGAGCCAGCUUCCCCGCAGCGGCCGGGCGCCCCCAGCACCGCGGCGGCCGCCCCGCAAGCCCCCGCGCCAGCCCGGAGGGCGCAGCGCUCGGGAGGAGCCGCGCGGGGCGCUGAUGCCGCAGGGCGCGCCGCGGAGCGCCCCGGAGCAGCAGAGUCUGCAGCAGCAGCAGCCGGCGAGGAGGCGGCGGCGGCGGCGGAGGCGCCCGGUCCCGGCCGCGAGGAGCGGACAUGUGCAGGCUGGGCUAGGAGCCGCCGCCUCCCCCCCGCCCAGCGAUGUAUUCAGCGCCCUCCGCCUGCACUUGCCUGUGUUUACACUUUCUGCUGCUGUGCUUCCAGGUUCAGGUGCUGGUGGCCGAGGAGAACGUGGACUUCCGCAUCCACGUGGAAAACCAGACGCGGGCUCGGGACGAUGUGAGCCGAAAGCAGCUGCGUUUGUACCAGCUCUACAGCCGGACCAGCGGGAAGCAUAUCCAGGUCCUGGGCCGUAGAAUCAGCGCCCGUGGCGAGGACGGGGACAAGUAUGCCCAGCUCCUCGUGGAGACAGACACCUUCGGGAGCCAGGUCCGGAUCAAGGGCAAGGAGACCGAGUUUUACCUAUGCAUGAAUCGCAAAGGCAAGCUCGUGGGCAAGCCCGAUGGCACCAGCAAGGAGUGUGUGUUCAUCGAGAAAGUGCUAGAGAACAACUACACGGCCCUGAUGUCAGCCAAGUACACGGGCUGGUACGUGGGCUUCACCAAGAAGGGGCGGCCCCGCAAGGGCCCCAAGACCCGGGAGAACCAGCAGGACGUGCACUUCAUGAAGCGCUACCCCAAGGGGCAAGCCGAGCUGCAGAAGCCCUUCAAGUACACCACGGUGACCAAGCGGUCACGGCGGAUCCGCCCCACGCACCCCGGCUAG